AUUUUUUAGUGCUUUACAGCUGUCAAGCCAGUGGCGCCGCAAAAAUUUUAUAAAAAUUGCAAAAAUUAACAAUCUCAUUCUUCAUUCAGAGCUAUUUCUUCCUGAAGCGUGAAUUCUCCUGUUCUGAGCCAUGGCAAACUUUUCACGCUCUUUUUCGAAUUUCUCAAAUGGUUCGUUAACAAUUGACAUAUCAUUGGAAACCUUCAGAGUUACUAGAUCCGGCCCAAUCGAAAUAAGCUCCACUUAUACAAGUAGCGAGAACUCCUUGUCGAACUUCAGUUCCAGUUCAAGCAGCAGCAUCAGCACCACCGGCAUUAGCUCUAACUCUACCUCAACAAGCUUGUUCUCUCGCUCUGCGUCAAGCAGUCACACUACUGGCGAUACCUCGGAGCAUUCCGUUAUGGACGGUAGUGUGGGAUAUGCUGUGAUCAUCGAUGAUGGUCAAUCUAGCCCGGAUGCUUCCGUUUCAUUCAACAACCACUCUGGGCAGAGCUCGGCACUCUCCAUAGAUAUUUCCCAGGUGGAAGCUGAAAUAGAGCGCAUAAAUCGCUACUGCUCAGAAGUAGUCUCAAGCAUUAGCCCUGAGACCAGUGGAACAGCAACAUCGACCCCACGGAUGGCCCGCCGUGUUUUUCGCCCUUCUGACAUAGCGCCAGUGGAGGUUAUAAAUUUACUGAACGUGGACGAUACACAUCGUAGAUCUGCAGCGAAUCGUGUACCAGAAGCGGUGAUUGACUUGUGCACUCCGAUCAGACAGAACAGCCCAAUAGCCACGAUUGAUUUGGAUGACUACACUAUAGCCACUCCUCCUAGUCGGCGUCGUAGCUAUGCUAGCCCCAGUACUCCUACUACAGCUUGUACCACUUCGGAUGUCGUCGCCAGCGACGUGUCUCCUCCGAAGCGCAAGCGCAACGACCAAAAUCAGUCUUCGGGCGAAGGCUACAAGUGCCCUGUUUGUCUGGACUGCUUACUCCAACGAGAGCCAUCGUCGACAAAAUGUGGCCACGUUUUCUGCCGCCAAUGCAUCGAAUCUGCCAUUCGCGCCACACACAAGUGUCCAAUGUGUAACAAGAAAUUGUCCAUUCGUCAGGUAACACGUAUUUAUUUGUAAGCCUGCAUUUUGAUAUAUUACCAAUGCUCUGCGAGUCAUCUGGGCAUCUUCCCAACUUUGUAUUUUUUAGUUUUAGCUGCGUACGCUAGCAUCAUUACGUUAUUUUAAAGAUGGCAACCCAAUGUCCGAAAUUGUGAUUUUCCUAUGCACACUUUAAGUUUCUUAUAUUACAUAAUAAAUUAGAGAAUAAAUGCUGAAUCCAAAAA